AUGCCUUCUCCGCCAUCUUCAUCAGCUUGCUCUGUUCUACCUCCAUCUAGUCUUGAACAGAUUCUCAGAAUCCGUGCGGAACGAAAUCAAAGGACUCCGAAAUGUGCGAGAUGCCGGAAUCAUGGAGUUGUUUCCGCUUUGAAAGGACAUAAAAGAUAUUGUCAAUGGAAGGAUUGCAUGUGUGCGAAAUGUACACUGAUUGCUGAAAGACAACGUGUGAUGGCUGCCCAGGUGGCGCUUCGUCGUCAGCAAUCUCAAGAGGAAAAGGAGACGAGAGAGCUGGAAAUCCUGUUUGGUGCUUCUGGAAAUGAUGAAAAAGAGGACGAUCUUCAAGGGAUGCGCAGCUCUCCGAGCUCACCUACUGGAUCAGAGACUAUCGUUAGCAACUCAUCCCCACAGGCUCUCUCCUCUGGAUCCACUCCAAGCAGUACUUCUGGAAUGAUUCCACCAAGUCCGAUCUUCAAUAACAAUGGAUUCCCACAAAUACCAAUGUUGAACCCGAUGAUGCAACCAAACAGACAUAUGAUGGGUUUUCCAAUGUUUCCAGUGAUGCCUCACUUUGGGUUUCCAGUUCAGGCGAUUUCUGAUUUCGCAUCAGCCGCCAGUCUGGCAGCACCACAACAAUUCUUCCCACGGCCACUGAAUAUUGCCACGUCACACCAAUCACAUACGAUAUUCCCACAAACUGCUCCAUUGGAUUGCAGUCACCGUUUAUUGAAGAGCGAAGAGUCAGAGGAGUUCCGGGAGAAGGGAAGUGAAGCUGAUAACUGA